CGUGGUGAUUGGUCACUAAACUGAAUAUUGAAACUAGUAAGUUAGCGCUAACUGCGCUGUCAUUAGGUCACUGGACGCCAGUUGUUCGUAUUAGCAGAUUACGGUUUUUGUGGAAUAGAAAGCUUUAUCCUGUUCUCUUUGCGGGAAUCAAACAAUUUCUUGCUGAUUGCUCUGCUCACCAGAGCUGUGGCACUGUCAUCGUUGUGACUGACCAGAAGUGAUCCAGCGGCAGCAUGAAGCUCUACAGCCUCAGCAUCCUUCACAAAGGACCCACAAAAGCCAACCUCCUCAAAGCGGCCUACGACUUGUCCUCCUUCAGCUUCUUCCAGCGCUCCAGUGUUCAGGAGUUCAUGACCUUUACCAGUGCCUUGAUUGUUGAACGAACAACACAAGGAAGCCGUGCCUCUGUCAAAGAACAAGAGUACCUGUGCCAUGUGUAUGUGAGAAAUGACAACCUGGGUGCUGUGGUCAUUGCAGAUACUGAAUACCCACAGAGAGUCUGUUUCACAUUGCUUGACAAAGUAUUAGAGGAGUUCUCCAGGCAAGUGGACAGUAUAGACUGGCCUUCUGGUAAUCCUGAUACCAUAAACUACAAAGCCCUAGACAUUCAUCUUUCUAAAUACCAGAACCCCAGAGAAGCAGAUGCAAUGACCAAAGUGCAGGCAGAGCUGGAUGAGACCAAGAUUAUUUUGCACAACACCAUGGAAAGUCUGCUGGAGAGAGGUGAAAAGCUGGAUGACCUUGUGGCUAAGUCUGAGCAUCUGGGAAACCAAUCCAAAGCCUUCUACAAGACUGCACGGAAACAGAACUCGUGCUGUGAAAUCAUGUGAUGCUGCUGCCUCGUCCUCGUGGACACACACCUCUCUGCCUUUCUGCUUUUCCUACAACUCCCAUCAUGCACCAGCUCUCAGCACAGAGUAUAGAUGCUGCCUAAUACUGGAUGGGCGCCUGGAUAAGAAAAACAAAGGGUGGAAGGUGGCAGCAAGUCCAGGUGUGAGCAGUACGGAUUUGGACUGAUGGGGGCUGAAGGAGCGAUGGGUUUGGUCAGGGGAAGAAUUAACAUUUGAAUUAUUUUAACCUUUGAGGGUAAACAUCUGUGUGGUGUUUCAAUACCAGCUGAAUACAUUCUGGUGUGACAUAGUGUAUUGGUGAUGUGUUGUCUUCAACCCAUUUAAUAUUUUUCAGAUUGAGUCAGAUCUUAAUAGUUUAAGCUCAGCUCAUACAAAAAUAUUGCUAGUGUUAACCACAGUUGUGCUUCUGCUUUAAGGCAACUCUGACAAUCUCACAGUCUUACUGUAUCUCGUGAAUUCACUCAUGUCACCGUUCUGGUUCUUCAAAAUGCAAACUGUUUGAAAGCGUUUCUUGUAGACCUUGAGUUUUACGCCCACUAGGUGGCAAUGUUUAUUUACUUUACUGUUCCAAUGAGCCUCAACAUUGAGGCCAAUGUAAAAACUCUAAUGUGAGCCAACACAGCAAGUUGUUGCUUGGACAGGUGGAAUCAAAAUCUUUUUAGAAUAUUCCUUCUGUACUGGACAAAAUUACAGCACAGUUUUGCUCUUUUUUUCCUCAUACCAAUUAAUGGAGUCUUAAACAUUCCCACUCGGAUGCCUGUGUAAUUGUGUGAUCGAAAACAUCUUAAAACUGAUGGGAAUUUGAGACUAGAAGUAGUUGAGAGAUAUUUCUCGGUACAUGCAGCCUUAUUGCAAACGCGACUAACAUGACCUCACCUGCUGUUAUCAAGAAUAAUCUAAUAGGCAGAACCUGUAACCUCUUCUGUUUGUAUCACAGCCAACACAUCGUACUUACACAGGUUUUCAGCAUUUAAGCAGCCACUUGCACGUGUGCCGUCUGCGACUGGUCUGUACCUCUCAAACCUUAGAUCACUGGCAUUUUACUUUUAUUUCUUGUUAUUGAGGUGAUCCUCAGAUGUUGUAGCACUGCCUGCUCUUUUUUGUGUACAAGCAUCACCUUAAAAAGAUGUUGGGUCUGGUAAACAACAGACAUGUUGCCUGGUGGCAGUGAUUUCACACCCCGUUUAUUCAUUGGACACUCCACAGCUGACUUUUUGUUUGAACUGCUCUGUGCUUGUAUCAGGUCUAACGCUGUAGAAAUGUCUUUCUUCAUGUCCCACUGAUCGGUUCAAGAUGUAAAGAUGCCUUUGGCUGUGUGUUUUAGGUGUUUCUCUGCUGUGCGUCUGCAUAAGGUUGUAUGGUUUGCUGCAUUGACGUUUGAGUGCCUGUGUGAAUGUGAUCUCAAUUUUCUCUUUCUGCUUUUACAGUGUAAACUUUUGUGCAAUACCUCUGCAGACUGUUUCUUUGAAGUAGAGAGAAUAAAUGGAAAUAUUUCUCAGAGGACAGUAAAUUGGCCUUUCUGUGUAUGCUGUUCUCAUGUCUAAUACCCGUGAUUCUACAUUAUUAAAUUUGUCUUUUCAAGGAUUUAGAUUAACGUGCUGAAAUUUAAAAUCUGGCGUAUAGAUUCAUGCUGUAGCUAUUUGCAGGUCAGAUCUUACUGACCAGUGUGUAAAACAGUCUGCAUUAAACGUUUUGAUCCACAUGUGGUCUGCAAAAUAAACGACUUGAUUUUUGUUGA